AUGAGGGACGAAUUGCCAUGGAUCAGUGCCAAAUUGUAUGUCCCCGCCUCCCUUCGUCCCGUUGUCCUCCAACGUGCUCACGACUCCAAAUUGUUGCCCAAGCACCUUCACCGGGUUCACCCGGUAUUCCACAUUAACCUCAUUAAACCUGUUCGUGUUCCACAUUUACGUCCACCUGAUGACCCUCCGCCUGCUCCUUUGCUGAUCGAUGGUGAACGGCAUUUUGAAGUUCGUCAAAUACUUGAUUCCCGCAAGCGGCGUAAUCGCAUCCAAUACUUGCUCCAGAAAUUGAAACGAUCACUUUCUUUCAAGACCAAAAGUUUGAGGAGUAAAAGUGCAGACAACUUUUUUCAACAAACAAAUUGUGGCACAAAGUUGCAAGUAGAUUUGCUAUCAGAAAUCACCUCUAAAAGGGAACAGCUCCCUAAUUUGGAAAGUCGAAACUCCACUCCAACCAAAACUCAUCUCCAACCAGACGACAAGAUUCACAUUUUUCAGGAACACAUUUUCAAAAAACCCACAUUCUGUGAUGUCUGCAACCAUAUGAUUGUUGGGACAAAUGCUAAACAUGGAUUACGCUGUAAGGCAUGCAAACUGAGCAUUCACCACAAAUGUGCAGAAAGCACAGGACAGCAACGAUGCAUGGGCAAAUUGCCCAAAGGUUUCAGCCGUUACUACAGCAGUCCCCUUCUCAUUCAGGAGCAGUUUGGAUGCAUCAAAGAAGUCAUGCCAAUUGCUUGUGGCAAUAAAGUUGACCCUGUGUAUGAAACACUUCGCUUUGGAACUUCAUUGGCCCUGAAAACCAAGAACGGCAACAUUGGAAAUAGCUCGGACUCUCCCAAAAGAAAUUCUACAUCAGAUUUGGCAGAGGUUCCUGAAGAAGGAGGCAGCCUAGGAAAUAUGUUUGUCCUAAAUAGGCAACGCAGCAAUAGUGUAUUUACGUAUUCAGUAAAUGGCAUGUCAGAUUUUGGAGAAGAACCAAAGAAAAUUAACUCUGCACUACAGGGAUCUCUUAAUAAAGAUACAAUACAGAUGAAUACUUAUGUGGCCUUGUACAAAUUUGUACCACAGGAGCAUGAAGAUUUGGAAAUGAGGCCAGGAGAUAGAAUUAUACUUCUGGAGGAUUCAAAUGAAGAUUGGUGGAAGGGAAAAAUAGAAGGUCGAAUUGGUUUUUUUCCUGCUAAUUUUGUUCAAAGAUUACAAGAUGAAAAUGUUUUCAAAUGUAUCAGAACAUUUAUUGGAUGCAAGGAACAAGGACAGAUAACUCUAAAAGAGAACCAAAUCUGCAUAACUUCAGAAAAAGAACAUGACGGAUUUAUCGAAGUAUGCAGUGGGGAAAAAAAGGGCUUUGUCCCAGUAGAUGUCUUAGAACACAUCUGA